AUGAUUAGAACAAUUAACCCUAAGAAUGCUAGAGCUAAAAGAGCUUUGGACAAAAAAGACUCCAAAUUGGUCGAAAAUGUUAAAAGAGCUCUAUUUAUCCCAGGUCAAACUAGCAACAAAUUAUUACAUGAUGUUCUAGUUGAUUUAAGUAAUUUGAAAAAACCUGAUAUUAAGAGGUUCACCAAAAAGAAUCAAAUUCUACCAUUUGAAGAUUCCUCAACUUUGGAAUUUUUCAGUGAGAAAAAUGAUUGUUCCUUACUGGUUUUGAGCACUAACUCUAAGAAAAGACCAAAUAACUUAACAUUUGUUAGGACUUUUGGUUAUAAGAUAUAUGAUAUGAUUGAAUUGCAAUUAGUCAAUAAUUAUAAAUUAUUAGAAGAUUUUAAAAAAGCUACAUUUAAUAUUGGUUUAAAACCAAUGUUCUCCUUCCAAGGUGCUUGUUUCGAUGUUCAUCCGGUUUAUAAACAUAUUAAAUCUUUGUUUUUGGAUUUUUACAGAGGUGAAGUCACUGACUUACAGGAUGUUGCUGGUUUGCAACACGUUAUUUCCAUAUCUGUCGAACAUGAUUUUGAUGAAACUGUUAAUUCUGAAUUGCCAAACAUUCUAUUCCGUGUUUACAAACUCAAAACCUAUAAGAGUGAGGUUGGAGGCCGCAAAUUACCACGUGUGGAAUUAGAAGAAGUCGGGCCAAGGUUUGACUUUAAAAUUGGUAGAAUACACACUCCAUCCCAAGAUUUGGUUAAAGAAGCUCAUAAAAAACCAAAACAACCUGCUGGUCAUAAUGCCACUUUAGAUUUAGGAAAGAAUAUUGAAUUGGAUGUCAUGGGCGAUAAAGUUGGUAGAAUCCAUAUGGGUAAGCAAGACUUGAACAAAUUACAAACAAGAAAAAUGAAAGGUCUUAAGUCUAGAUUUGACCAAAAUGAGAGCGAAGAAGAUAUGGAAGAUUAUUUGAAUGAAGAUGAACGUGAUUUGAUUGAGGAGGAAAAUUUCGUAACCGCUGAGGAUAUACAAGAUGAGGGUCCAAUGCUAAAGAAAAUAAAAAAAUAA